CGUCUGUCGGACAAGUAUAAUCAAUCAAAACAUCAGAGAUGGGAGGUCAGGAAAGCAAACAAGAUGGUCAACUUUGGCAGAUGUUUACUUCAUCAGAAAAGGAAAAUAUUCAUAAAAUGUUCGUUCGCAUUGUAGGGAGUCAGCAUGCUCUCUCAGAACCGUUUUUAAAGAAAUAUGCACCUUCUUGGUUCCUUCCCAAGGAUAGAUUGUGGAGUGCCAUGAGUGACUGUCAUGUAAACACUGGUCAUGUCCGAGACAAGAAGUUGUCAGAAGAUCAGUUUGGUGGCUUCCUAGCACUCGCUCUGAAAGGAACAUAUGCUGAAAAAGCUGAGAUCCUCUCAUUGUUGUCUGGAACAGUUGGUUCUCAAGUUCACAUGGGCAAACUUUACCAGGCAGUGUUUAGUAUUGUGAAAAGUUACCUGGAGUUGAGCAGCAGUGAUUCAGCCAACAAAACCUGGAAGUGUGAGACUGGGGAUGAAGACAUAUCUAGACUGUGUCUGGACUGCCUCGCCCUGCAGUCUGUCCCUGAGGAUGGGGGUACAGGGCCGCAGGGUGGGAGUGGGGGCCAGUAUCAGGACAGUUACGAGGUUGAGGCAUGGGUGUCAAAGUCCCCUCUGUUUCUACGAAUGUUUGACAGAGUCAUGUAUAACCUCUUUCCUGUGAUAGAUAAAGACAGUAUUGCCUCCACAUUCCAGUCUUUCCUUCCUGUGAUUACAAAUGUUGACUGGUCUUCCACAUACACAAUUCUAGAUAUUGUCUCCAUUAGUUACCUCAACCACCACAUACCCCGGCAACAUCAAGCAACAUGGCGCCUCCUCUAUAGCAACAGUAUCCAUGGUGAUAGCUUUUCACAGUUAACCCGGUUUAUGGUCGGAAAGGGACCAACUGUGAUGAUUGUGAAGGACAAAGAUGGUCAUGUUUUCGGUGGAUAUGUAUCUGAAAGCUGGGAGAUUAGGCCAAACUUCUAUGGUGACAGUACUUGUUUCCUGUUCACAUUGAAGCCCCGUCUAGGAGUGUACAUGGCCACAGGAUACAAUGAAAACUUUGUGUACUUGAACCAGGGUCAGGAGACAUUGCCCAACGGACUGGGGUUUGGAGGUCAGCUGAAUUAUUUUGGCAUGUGGAUAGACUACUCGUUCAACAGUGGACAUAGCAAGGCAAAGCCCAAAUGUACAACCUACGGGAGCCCACAGCUAUCUGGGAGCCCAGAAUUUGUGGUUGACCACCUUGAAGUGUGGGCUGUAGGGCCGGAAAAGAAGAAAAAUGACUCUGAUGAUGAAGAUGAUGCGAAGACAAGCAUUUUGGACAAGGACUCUGGGGCCAAGGCAAUUCUGGAGCUGGCAGGGAGGAAGCAUCAUUCGGAGGGCUUGCGAGAACUCAGAGAAGAUGAAGAAAUGACGGAUGAAAUGAAACGCAAGAUGAACACAAUACCUAAACUGUUGUAGCAUUGUGUUUAAUGGAAUAUCUAAACUGUUGUUGCAUCGGAGUACUGGAAUACCUAAAGAGCUGAUUGUUUAAAACUUUGCUAAAGUAAACUUCUUGAGUUAUGGUAUCGUUGUUAACUUUAAAGGUGAAAUAGUUUAUGAUAUGCUUAUAUUUUAUAAAAUCGCGCACAUUUGAAAAUGUAGUCUUGAAUCUUGCUAGAAAUACUGGAUGUUGCAAAUGGGUUCAUAAUAGUUCCUCGGCAGUAAAGUUUUGAAAUUUAUCAACAAUGACGUUAACAAUGAUGUUAACUUUAACAAUAUUCAGAACAAUAUUGGAACAAUUUGCCUCAGGUGUUGUAGCAUUAAUGUGUUUCAUAGAAUUCCUUAACUUGUUUGCCAUCAUUGCACUCAAGAAUAGAUUAGAAGUAUUGUGUUCAAACUAAUAUGAAAUUUUAGGUAUAUCUCAUCUAAGUACAUGAACAAAAUGAUGUCAACAAAAGGCCAAUCCGAUAUGAUAAUGGCAUAAUAACAUAGAAUCCAUGUGUUGUGUGUAAUUUAAAAAAUGAUAAUGAAUAUUUGUUGAAUUAAUACACUUGUUUUUAUUAAUAUCCAAUGAGCAUUAUAUUUCUUAAGACUUAUUUUAGCUUUCCUUGAAAUAAUUGUCUUAAUAGUGAAUUUCAUAUAACUCUCUGAUUAUUUUUAAAAAUACCGAUGAAAUAUGUUUAUGUUUUAUUACUCAGUUUUAAUCCAUUUCAUUGCCAUUCAUCUCUUGUUUGAUCUUUUUAUUUGUAGUGUAUAUAAUGGGGUUUUUUAUGUUGUGAUAUUUUUUUUAUACAAGAUGAAAAAUGUAAAUAAGGAGGGGGUUUUAUUCUGCAUUUGUAUUUAUUUUAUAAAUCCAUAAUUAUUUUACAUGUUGAGUAUUGAUACUAUUGAUAUUUCGAUGAUUGAUUAUAAUAAAAAAUUGAUUGGUUGGUAGGGCUUGAUUGAUAUUCAACUAAAAUCAGUUGAUAUACCAAGUUCUGCAAUCAAUUGUUCAAAAUUGGUUUAUUCUUUGGUUUGGUUAAAGUUAACCAAAAUGUGUUUUGAUUGGUCAAUAUUUAUCCAAUAAGUAUUGUUGACCAAUCAUAUUUUUUUUAUGUGCAAACUAGCCAAAAGAUAUUAACCUGUGGAUUACUUAUCCCAUUUCAUACAAUUGCCUGCUGGUGGUUAUUAAUUGUAGGUCAUUUUGAAAAUUAACUCUCAUAAACUUAUUGUGAGUCCUGUUAAAAUGUUUUAGAUUCAAUCAUCUACAAUUGUGUGAACAUUUUUUUUAUUUUGUUUGUAAAGAAUUAUGCAAAAGUUUUGAAAUUUCAUGUAAAAGCUGCAUAUAUUCAUAUAGACUAGGACAUACCCCCACCUCCCUUAAUUUUUACAAGGACAAACAAAAUUAUACCAUGCUUUUAAACAAUCCUAUAAUAUUGUUUAUGAGUAGAAACACCAUUAAAUGUCAUGAUAUGAACAAACGUAUACAAUAUCUAAUACUUAACCUUCAAAAGUGGUAAAAUAAAAAAUAAAUGUUAAAGGGGGCAGGGAGAUUUUAUAGACCUAUGCAAAAAAUCAUUGCGGACAUUUGUCUGGGUGGAUUUUAUCCUACUUUCUUUUACUUAUUAUUACAUGUAUCCACACUACAUAUCCAGACCAUAUUUCUCACUGUUUAUGCUUGACAGAGCUAUUAGUGCUAUACUUUGAUCGUAAUGCAUUCAUUCUAGUCGUUUUUCACUUUCUGCAAUAUAUAAACACUAUAACUUUAUGUACUUUAUCACUAAUAUAGAUAGGUCUGUAAUUUUAUAAAAACUAAAUUAACAAAGCAAAUUAUGUUGUAAGAUAUCUACUGGUAAGCUUAAAGUGAACUCUUAAAAUUAAAAUUCAUCUCGACCUUUUGAAUAGAUUUGUUAUGCUCUGGUGUAUGAGCUGGGCCUAUUGUUUUCUAUUGGUCCAGGGUAUGAUUAUCUUUUACAUGCAUGACAUAUUUAAGUGCUUUUAUGUUUAAUUCUCUUUUUUGGGAAAUCCUGAACUUUGCUAUAUGACAUGCAAAUAACAUUGAUUCUGUUGUAUGCCUAUUAUGCUUAAAAACUGUCAAAUUAAGACUUCUUAUGUUUUACAUGGUUGUGUUUUGUUAGCCAAGGUGAUCAUCUAAUAAUUAUAUUUUAAUAACUUUAAUAAACAAAGUACUCAGCUUUUAUUUUUACAUUUUAAUAAGCAUACAGUGAGUUAAUUAUUCACUUGAUCUUUUCAAAAUAUUGUGUUACAGGGUUCAUUAAAUAGUAUCAUUUUAAAAUAAAACUUGUGUCUGAAUUACAUUUGAAAAUAAAAUUACAAAUCUAUGUGUACUUUUUUAUCAUGAACAAUAUAACAAAAGUCAUAGAUUUGGAGGCUAUAUUGUAAGCUGUAAAUUCGUGAAUUAAAAUACUAGGAAGUUAAUAUCAGCCAAGAUGUCUGUCUUCAUUUGGGCUGGUAUUUAUAAAACAUCUGCGAUCUGGCAUUGUUGAUCAUUUUUUAUGGUUACUCGUUUCCCUAUUCGUUCAAAUUCUCAGGGCUGCCUGUCAGAAUGUAGAUUCUAUUGUACCUAGAUUGCAGGUUGUUUUGAUACACCCCUUUGACCACGCCCCUCCCCCAUAUUUAGAAACAAACAAACAGACUUAUUAAUAAUGAUGGGGGAACUCUUACAAAUGA